UGUACGUCUCUAAAUUAAGCACCUAUUAUAUAUUAUAAAUAUUUCUGGGCCGUCUAAUUUUAGAAUAGUUUAUUCCAUGAUAUUUAUUAAACGGUGAAAUCCAUAGAAUUGUAACAUAGUCUCACUGUCUUCUGAACGUAACUUCUAUUCCCCCUGCACUAUUUUUUAAAAAAACGUUUAAGACUUUUUUUUUGCUCCCAUAAAUCCAUAAUAAACAAUAGUUUUGCCGAGAGGCCCGCGGACUGGAUGCAUGUGUAUAUGCACAGUAACGGUGCGAACAUACUCGCCUCCAGCAACUGGGGCAAAAGGUGCCCUCCUGUCCUCUCUCCCUCUCCCCCUUUGAAGUUUGAAAAUGACAGCGUUGCUCGGGGAGCUGCUGAACAGGCCGCUGUUACACUGUAGCCAGGCCAGGCUGCGCUGGUUACAAUAAGUAUUAAAGCUCCGCGAGCGACUGGCUGACUGACGUAAUUUUGCAAUGAAAGGAUACAGUCUGCUCGGUACAGUAGGCAACUGUCAGGCGGCGGCGGCGGCGGCGGAGCGCAUUGUGCCUGCAGCCGCAGCUUAGAGAGGAUGUGAGCAACUUCGGGAGCAGGCUCUGUGCGAGUGUGUCGGGCAGAGUUGGAGAAGGCGGCGAAGAGAAACAACAGAAAUCCCCCCCCCCUCCCCUCCUCCUCCCUCCCCGUCCAUGUAAACGCUCACCCGACAUCGCAGAAACACAGAGGAAGAGGAAACCUUAGGGAGAAUUUGUUGAGCAGGAAGAAGGCGCUUCUCUCAAGCUGGAGCCAGCUAACAUGGCGGCUGUACCAGUCUACUGCAUCUGUCGGUUACCUUACGACGUAACUCGAUUUAUGAUUGAAUGCGAUGCGUGUAAGGACUGGUUCCACGGCAGCUGUGUUGGUGUGGAAGAGGACGAGGCUCCAGAUAUCGAUAUCUAUCACUGCCCAAAUUGUGAGAAAACGCACGGACAGUCAACAAUGAAAAAGAAGAGGCAGAAAUAUGAACCCAUACAUACGGUGGAUGUCAUACGACCGGUGCAGAAUGGAAGCCAGGUGUUCAUAAAAGAGCUUCGAAGUCGAACCUUCCCCAGUGCAGAGGAAGUUAUUCAGAGGCUGACUGGAACUCAGCUGACCUUGGGAUAUCUGGAAGAAAAUGGAUUUACAGGGCCCAUCUUAGUUGCGAAGAAGGAUGGCUUGGGUUUAAGUUUACCACCACUUACAUUUUCUGUUAGUGACCUUGAAAAUUAUGUUGGCCCAGACAGAGUCAUCGAUGUUGUCGAUGUCACUAAACAGAAGACCUGCAAGUUAACCAUAAAGGAGUUUGUCGACUACUACUAUAGUGCAAACCGGAAGAGAGUUCUUAAUGUGAUUAAUUUUGAGUUUUCAGAUACCAAAAUGUCAAGUUUGGUCGAAGCUCCUGAAAUUGUCAAGAAAUUAUCCUGGGUCGAUAAUUUGUGGCAAGAUGAUUCUCUUUUUGAUAAGCCAAAAGUUACAAAAUAUUGCCAGAUAGGUGUAAAGGACAGUUAUACAGACUUCCACAUAGGCUCAGGGGGAUCAUCAGUUUGGUAUCAUCUCCUACGUGGAGAGAAAAUUUUUUAUUUGAUUAAGUCAACCUCUGCCAACCUUGCUUUAUACGAAAGGUGGAGUUCUUCAUCCAAUCAGAGUGAAAUGUUUUUUGCUGAUCAAGUAGACAAGUGCUACAAAUGUACCCUGAAACAAGGGCAGAGCCUAUUUAUCCCAUCAGGUUGGAUUUAUGCAACAUUAACUCCUGUGGACUGCUUGGCUUUUGGAGGAUACUUCCUACACAGUCUAAACAUUGAAAUGCAAUUGAGAGCCUAUGAAGUAGAAAAAAGACUGAAAAUUGGCAGCCUUAUUAAAUUUUCAAACUUUGAAGUCAUAUGCUGGUAUGUUGGCAGAUGUCUGCUUGAGACGUUCAAAGGUUUGCAUAAAUCUGGGAAGCAGCCUCCCUCUUAUUUGGUGCAAGGAGCAAAAGCUCUAAAUGGUGCAUUCAGGUCAUGGACGAAGAAACAGGUUAUUGCUGAUCAUGAGGAUGAAAUUCCAGAGACCAUUAAAACAGCACAACUUAUUAAAGAGUUUGCCAAAGAAAUACGAUUAGCUGAGAAUGCAAUUAAGACAAAUGAAAGUGAAGUCAGUGAUACCAGUACAGGCAAAAGCCCUACUGUACCUGUCAAACUACCCAUGCUGACAGGUACACCAGUUGAAAAGCCAGAAAGAAAAAAAGCUUCGCGGUCCAAAGAAGGGGGAAAGAAAAAAGCAAAGAAAGAGAAAGAGAGUAGCACGGUAGUUCCGAACCUUGACAUUCUCGAAGCACACACAAAGGAAGCCUUAAUUAAAACUGAAGUGCCAAAGAAAGGGGGAAAGGCUUCAAAGAAUGUGUUAAGUGUGGCUGAUCAAGAAAGUGCAAAUAAUCAAAACAAUGAACUAAAGUUUGGAAUACAAGAGCAAAACAAAAGCAAAGCUGAAGUGAAGUGGAAAUACAAGAACAGUAAACCAGAUUCUCUGCUAAAAAUGGAAGAUACAAAAUCAGAAAAAUCAUUUUUGAUGGGAAGCAAAGACAACAGCAAACUCAAAUUGGUCUUCACCAAUAAAAAGUUGCUCAGUUGUAAGGGAGUGAAAACGCAGCCUAAAUCUGUGAAAUCAGAUAAUGUGUUUGGCUGUCUGCAAAAUAUUAAAGAAGACAAACCCAAACCAGUGAGAGAUGAAUACGAAUAUGUUUCGGAUGAUGGAGAACUACAGAUUGAUGAGUUUCCAAUAAGAAGAAAGAAGACUACUCCUAAAAGAAACUUAUCAUUUUUAACAAAAACCAAAGAGAGUGUUGGAGUUGUUGAAAUGAAGGAACCUUUGGUUCUGCACAGUUCUAAUCAGGACGACAACUCAACUGAUGAAGAUUCACUUCAUAUUGAUACUGAGGCAAAACCAGAUCCCAACACUGAAAAGACGACUGAGACAGGUAGUUCUGCUGGGAUACUGGAUCUGCUACAGGCCAGCAAGCAGGUCGGAGGCCUUGAGUACAGUGGAAACAGUCAACCUCCAGCCUCACCCAGUACGCAGGAAGCAAUCCAGGGCAUGUUAUCCAUGGCGAAUCUUCAGUCGUCAGACUCUUGUUUGCAGACUUCAUGGACAAGUAACCAAGUUAAAAAUAGCUCUUCAAUAAUUCAAGGGUCAAAGAAAACCAGUAGCAACGUUAAUAAGCACACAGGGAAACGGUUAGUUAAAAACACUACUCAGAGCACUAUUGACAUUAAUGAUUACGAAGACCAGGACAGCCUUGGAGCAUGUUUCAAAGAUUCUGAUUAUGUUUACCCAUCACUUGAAUCUGAUGAUGAUGAUCCAGUUUUCAAAUCCAGAUCCAAAAAGAGAAGAAGUGCAGAUGAUACACCCUGGAAUCCUACAGCCAGAGUUACACCAUCUGUCCCUCGGCAUGACAGACCGACGCGAGAAGGGGCAAGGGUUGCCUCAAUAGAAACUGGGUUAGCAGCAGCUGCUGCAAAAUUAUCUCAACAGGAGCAACAGAAAGUGCAGAAGAGAAAAUAUACCAAAAGGAAAGUAUUACCAGAUGACACGAUCAAAAUCCCUCAGGAAAGUGCUUCUACAGAAAUGAAGACUGAUAGCCAUGCAGGAAAGCGGUUAAAGAAAGGCAUGGCAACAGCUAAACAGAGACUUGGGAAGAUACUAAAAAUACAUAGGAAUGGAAAGCUUCUUCUGUAAAGUUAGGAAUGAAAAGUAUUUUCAGUUAAAUGUGUUGGGCUGACACUAACGCUGUUACUUGUGUGACAUAAAGUUAAUACAUUUUGGAUCAUUCCAGACUAGAGACAGUAUCCAUUUUAAAUGGUUUUGCAGACCUUUCUUAGUGGGACUACUGUGCUUGUGUGGUUAUUUGGUAGGUUAGUUCUACUUGGUCAGUAGCAUAACUGGAGAAGCUUCUUUAGUGACAUAUGUCACCUAUCAAAGAAGCUACUGCCAUCAUCUUAAUUCAGCUGACUGUUCUACAGGAAUGUCAUUUAGCAUUAAGUGAGAGAUGGAGAGUGAAUGAAUGGAUACAAAAGAUGUUCUUUUUUUUAAAGAAUGUCAAAAACACAUUUAUAAGAAAGGCUGUCUUUAUAUUUAUAGGGAAGAGUGUUACAGAGUUCAGUAAUGGACGACUGCUUUAUCCUGAGAAAAUGGAUACCGUUUCUAUAAAUUUGUUUCUCAGGCAAUUCCACAUUUCAAAUUUAAAGGAAUAUUUGAAAUACUUUUUCAUAAUAUACAAAUCCUGUAAAUAUGGUCAAAAUACUAGUCUUUAUUGCACAGUACUUUUGAGUUAUAACUCUAUAUACCCAUUGUUCAGUGUACCUUUUUUACAUUUUCAUCUUUUAUGAUAAAAUUAUAUUUCUUUUUGGUUGUUCUUAUAAUGAUGGAAGUUAUUUUUUAUAAAAGGCAUUGCCUGAAAAACAAAAUCGUUGUGUGGCCUUGCAAAAAUAAUAUCUUGUAAGUAGUCACAGUACAUCAGUAAAAGUAAAGCAUAAAAGAGAAGCUUUGUAAAUAAGGUUACACUUUUGUUCUAUUUGAGCUUAUUAUUUCCAAUUUUGCAUUCUAAUGCAAUAUGAAGUAUUUUUGGUCUUAACUGGUGAAGUGUUUAUGUGUCUAAGUCUAUGUGACUUAUCUGUAAUUUAUUAAUAUUUGUAGCUUUUUAUAUUUGUACAUUUCUUACACACUUUUUUUUUUUAAAUUUCAACUACUUGUGAUGUCUCCUUUUUCCUGAAUUUGUUACAUAAAAUCUGAUCUGAGAGGGUCAUUUCUCCCCUAAAUCAUUAGUGAAGCAAAGUUAUGUAAUUUUUGCCUUUCAUGUGGUAUAAUAAUUCUGACAUCUAAUCUGUCAUUUUCUCCUACAUACAUUUAUAAUUUAGCUAGGUAAUUUAGUAGUUCUUUCUGAAAGUCAUUCCAUAUUUGCUUAGGCUGGGUGAGUUAUAGCUACACUGACAAUUUUUUUUAUUAUUUACAGACUUUAUUUUUAAUAAAGAGUUUCUGUAUAGGAUUAGCUAAACAUUUAAGAUAGCAUUUAGUUCAUAUUCGUCAGAUGUGUUAACUAUUUUGAUUUUAACGUCGUUUUAACAUUAUGGCAUCUUUUCAUUCUGCACUUCUAAAUCAUCAGCUACAAUGAUGUCUAUGUUGUAGAAAAUAAGCUGUCAAAGAAAGUUAUAUCAGUGAAUUAAACACUGGGCGAGAAAGGGUGCAUUUAAAUAAACAGUGAACCUCAGGAAAAAAUAAAACAGGUUCCAGCCGCUAGUGCACCUUUUGAGCCUCACAAUAUCUUGUAUAUGGAUUUUCUUGGAUACUUUGCGUUUUUGAUAAAUACAUCCUCCAAUUUUAAAACAGAAGUCUGAAGCUUUUAGUAAAAGAUAUGGAAAUAUAUAUUAAUCAUCUCAGCAUUUUUAACAGUUUUAAAGCUGAAAUGUGUAUUGCAUUGAUAUUUGAAACAUUUUAGACUGAAGACAUAUUUGCUUUUUCAAUGUCUCUAAACAAGUUGAAAUUUCAUUGAAAAAUCCUUUAUAGUUUCUUAAGGAAAUAAGGUAUUUAUGUUGCAAAGUAGUUCUUGUGGCGCUAGGGGCAAAGGAAUUGUGAUUUAAUAAAAUGCAUUUGUUAAAACUGCUACUAACCACUGUCUUUGUGACGUCAGCUGCUCUGUUGAAGUUGCCAUUUCCUGUUCUAGCCUCAAACUGGAACAUUUCAUCAAUUUUGAUUCCAGUUUCAUACUUAUCCAUCUUAAUUUAACUCAUCCCUGACCUUACUCAACUUUCCUUUACUCCAUUUUCAUGGCUAGUUUACUGAGUAAUGUCCAUUAUAAGCCCAUCCCACUUCCUGUUUGCACUCUGUGCCAUGUUUUCCUUUCCUCCCCAUCCUAAAUGACAGGUAUUUAAACUUGUUGAUCCCAUUUCAUGCACUUUUGCUCAACUGCCUUCUUCCUAGAAGAACAUUAAAAUUUGCCUUGUCCUAAUCUUCCAUCCCAUCACCUCCCACAGUCAACAGGUUCUCCACUGUUCUCCAGUUUAAUGUCAUAUUCUCCCAUUCCCUUUGGUAUUCAGAUGUGGCCGUUUCCUCUGUGGUCACUGGGCCACUUUUCUAACACACCAGUUCACUUCCCAAGUAAACAAAGAUCUUCCCUUGUCACUUUCCAGGAUUUAAACUUUUCCAGGUGAAGCAGCUGGUUCCUUCUGCUUUUAAUUCAGAAUGAAAUUCUCUGUGUUCACAAUCUUUUCUCUUAUGCUGUAAAGGGUAAAUGCAUGUUAAGUACUCACUUUGAAAACUGAGUUUAGUUGUCUCUUACUUCAAUUCCCCACGCACUUCUGUUCAUUUUGGAUCCUUCUUUGAAACCCAUUUUGCUGUGGUCUAUCAUUCCUUUUGCCAUUUAAUAUCCUUUUCCUUCCAUCACAGACCUGACAUUACUUUUCUCUUUGCUCACCUCCUCACUUAACCUAGCUAUGAGCUUAAAAUCUAUUUCAAAUCUAAUUUUCUCAACUUUUGAUGAAGAGUCAUUGGCCUGAAUGUUAAUUUUAUUUUCUCUCCACAGAUGCUGACAGCCUUUUUGAGUAUUUCCAGCAUUUUCUGUUUUUAUUUUCAUUUCGCAGGAUCUUGCUUUUUGUGUUUUGUAUUAAAGUUGCACCUGAGCUUCUGAAAAGAAAAGCCAAUGGCACGUUUAUCAACAUAUAUAGAAAAACAGAUUAUUGGAGAUGAUGAGUGAAGGCUAAAAUGCAUUGGACUUGUUAAAUUCCUCCUACAUUGCAUGAAAUACUGUUCUGUCAGUUGGUGGUUUUGGUCUAAUGUCAAUUAAGUUUGGGUAAACUUCAACCUUAUUAAUAGUGGAAAUGAGCCUAUAACAGAAAGCAGCCCCUAUUUGGCAUCAAUAAUUAAACUCAUUUUUGGAAUUGCACUCUUUAUUGCAAGAGUUCCACAGAAUGGAAGCUUCUUACACUGCAGUAAAGGGAGCCAUUUUAUUUGCAGUACAGUGAUAAGAGAACUUUAAAAAUUCUAAAUGUUCUGGCUUUAACAUCCCUUGUUUUAAUAAGGAUAAAACUGGUGUGAUGAAAAUUGUAAAUUUUCAGUGUGCAUCCAAACUACAUAGUAGGCAGAGUAGAUUAAUUAAGCUAAGUAAUAUAUAGAUAUACAAGGAUUAUUUUAAUUCAGUUAAUGUAAGCCAGAAUGUAGAAAUAUUGUUUAACAAAAAUGUAUAUGUAAUGAAGUACACUUUAGUAAUUCAACCUAAAAUGCUUUGAUAGUCUCUUUAAAUGCUGAUAAAGAAAGAUCACAUCUCUUAUUUGACAAAAGCCUGCCAUCAUUUAUGUAGCCUAUACACUUAUUUACUACAAAGACCUGUGACAAGUGGCAUUUUGUCUGCUGAUCUAAUUUUAGAUAACAUUUUAUCACAGGUUAUUUUUUAUCUUUUUGUAAUGUUUGACCGUUUUUGCUUGGCAUAAUGUGCAAUGAACUGGAAAUUGGGAGUACAAAGGAAAAAAAAACCUCUUCUUCUAAGUUGUUAAAGUAUCCUUUUUAUUACUGUUUAAUGCAGUAGGAAGCAUUUGUUGGUCAAGGACAAAUCAGUGAAAACUAGUUUAUACUUUGCACCAUAGUUCAUGUUUUGUGUUCAUUUUUCAUAUGUUCCACUGCACUAUAAAUUACAACAGAAACACUUCAUACAUUUUAUUUUAGCUAUGAUUAUUAAUGUGUACAUUGUCUAUAAAGUAAAUAACCUGUAUAGAAUGUGUUUUAAAACUGUUAAAAAUAAAAUCUACAUACUCUUCUGUU